UCUUAAUGCCAAUUUGUGCUAACUGACCUUUAACACCAUAAUUGACACAAAUUAGAUUCAUCAUGUGAGCUAAAUGGUGUUUAGAGAUCAAAUUUGUGAAAGCAAAAUGAGGUUAAUUUAGAUCCAUGAGCUGACAACAUCACAUGAAGAUGCAGACAGAUUUUAGACCCACCCCCAUCCCCAUGUAAUUCAGUCCACAUGGAAGAGGGAAGGUUAAGGCCUGCAAAACAUAUUCUCUCUCUCUCUCUCCUUCUCCAUUUUCCCUCUACAUCGAUAUACUAAAUUACUAAUUAUGCUAUUAGUAUCAAUCUUGAUGACAGUACUAUUUCUUUAAUAUUUUUUGCCAACUCUUCCUUCACAAUCAACUCAUUGGCAAGCACAUGUACCUCUCUCUUUUCUCUCUCUAAUACAAUACUUGUUUCAAUCUCUGGGUUGUUCUUGCUCCUCUUUUUUCUUCUCCAAGAAAACAACAUUUAAAUAUAGAUCUACAGUGGUAGCCCCUUUACAGUUCUUGCACUAAUGCAGUGAUAUUAUUCACUUUCUUGGGAACUGAAAGGUUGUGUUUGCUGAAGAGGAAGGGAAUACAACCAUGGCUGCUAAACUUUUACAUUCAUUGACUGAAGACAAUCAAGAUCUGCAAAAGCAAAUUGGAUGUAUGACAGGGAUCUUGCAACUAUUUGAUCGCCAAAGUAUGCUUGCUAAUAGGCGCCUAAUCGGCAACAGCCCCAGAAGGCUCACUUCUGGAAGCUCUCACUUUGGCAGUGGCACUUCUGAAAAAGAAUACACUAGCACAUAUCAAAGAUCACCAGCUAUGGAAAACCACACAAACAAGACUCUGCAAGAUAAACAAAGAUUGUCUACUGAAUCGUCGAGACCAUCAUUCUCAUCUUCUUCACGUUCGUCUUCCUUUUCUUCUAUUGAUUAUAAUAAAACAAGUCAACAAGAGCCUUCAGCUUUUGAUCGACUAAGUUUUGCUGAAACUCCUUCAAGAGAACCAGCUGCAGGCCAAUCAAAUGCAUCACCUCAAUUUGGUAGGCAAUCUCUUGACAUUCGGGAUGUGGUUAAGGGCUCUAUGAAUAGAGAAGCUCAGAGGUUUUCAGCUGGACCUGCAAUGAAAGAAGAGGUAACAGAAUUGAUGUCAAAGCCCGGGGAUUCCCCAAGGCCAGUGCAGGCUUUGAAAAACUUUGAUGGGGCUUAUGAUUCGGGCCCAAAUGGAAAGCAGAAUUUGCCUGUUGAUCUUAAGGAAUCUCUCAGAGUUCUUGCUAAACUUAGGGAAGCACCUUGGUACUCAAGUGAACAUAGGGAACUCACGAGAUCAUUAUCAUAUCAUUCAAAGGAUACUUCUAUAUUAUCAGUCUCAAAAGAUGCUCCUCGGUUCUCAUAUGAUGGGAGGGAAACAAAUCCUGUACCAUUUGAACAGCGAGACAUUUCCAAAUCCACUCUUAAGCUUAAAGAGCUACCAAGACUUUCCCUGGACAGUCGAGUUAGUCCAGUACGAAGCUUGAACUCAGAACCAAAAUCUCACUUCUCCUCAAAAUCUAUGCAAAAGGAUAGUGGUAAUACCAAUGCAAAGUCUCCAACCCUGCAGCAAGCAUCUGGAACUCAGGCUCGUCCUCCUAGUGUUGUGGCAAAGCUAAUGGGUCUUGAAACACUACCUGGUGCCAUGUCAUCAACUGACAUUAAGACGGGGUUGAGCAAAUCUUCACAAGUUGAAGAACCUGUUUCUUGGUCUUCAGAAGUAUCUGAUCCGUGCAAGCCUAUCCGAACUUCUAAUUCCUCUAAGAACCUGUGGAAAGAACCUACUUCUCCUCGGUGGAGAAACCCUGAUAUGGCUAUGAAACCUAUAUCCAGGGUUCCCAUUGAACCAGCACCCUGGAAGCAGCCUGAUAGGACUCGAGUGUACGAGAAACCUAUAUCCAGGACAACAAAAGCUCCAGGAAAGCCUGCCCACCCCUUUCCUUCUGUUUACAGUGAGAUAGAAAAGAGAUGGAAGGAUCUUGAAUUCACCCAUUCAGGCAAGGAUCUAAGAGCUCUUAAACAGAUAUUGGAAGCAAUGCAGGCAAAGGGCCUCCUUGAGACAGAAAAAGAGGAGCAGGAUUCAAAUUUUACUGGUCACAAAGAGCAUCACCAGAAGCUUGCAAGUCCUGCACAGAGUGCAAAACUGGCAAACCAGAGAAUGAGGCAGACUGAUCAAGUGACUGCUCCAACAAAGAGAGGGAUAAAUUCUUCAAGGAAUUUUGAAUCCCCAAUAGUGAUCAUGAAGCCAGCAAAAUUAGUGGAAAAAUCUGAUAUUCCGUCUUCUUCGAUGAUUCCACUUCAUGGUGGUGACUCUGUCAGUAGAAAGGGUAAUGCUACGAGCAGAACUGCUAAAGAACAUCAACCUAGAACUAGUUAUGGCAGCAGUCCAGUGAAUCCCAAUGAAGCAAGAAGAACUUCAAAACCUCCACAAAUUUCAACAAGGUCCCAACAGGUUCCUAAAGAGAGCAUCUCAGGCUCAAUAAAGAGCUCAGGAUCGAUCAGCCCAAGAUUACAACAGAAUAGACUGGAGCUAGAGAAAAGAUCUCGGCCGCCCACACCUCCAUCUGAUUCCAACAGAUCGAGGAGACAGUCAAACAAGCAACAUACAGAAGCUAGUUCCCCCGGUGGAAGACGAAGGUCAAGAAUUUCAAACAUUCAGCAACAUGAUGACCAUGUGAGUGAGAUCACUAGUGAAUUAAGGAAUUUGAGUUGCCAUGGAAGUAAAAUUUCUGGUCAAUCCAACGGGAAUGUGGUAGCAGAUUCAAAAGUCGAUUCUGAAGUCACUAGUUUCGAGCAGUCUCUUGAGGUGACAAGCAGCCCGAGUUCAUCUAUUGAAGCAUCCAGUUACCUGAGAUGCGACUUGGUAGAGAAGAAAUCAAUUCGGGUGCUCUCUGAGGAUGAAAUGUUAGCUGAACCUGCCCCAGAGUAUCCAAGUCCGGUCUCGGUUCUUGAUAAUGCUCUAUAUAUGGAUGAAUCACCCUCUCCUGUGAAGCAUAUUCCAAAAGUCAUGAAAGAUGACAGCUGCAGCACUGCUGAUAAAUUUUCCAGUCCUCCACAGUGUGAUCGAUCUGAUACACUUGUGAUUGAUGCCACCAGUUCUGGUCUCUCCUCAGAAAUCAAUAGAAAAAAGUUGCAAAACAUUGAGAAUUUAGUACAGAAGCUCAGGAGAUUGAACUCCAACCAUGAUGAGGCUCGCACGGAUUAUAUUGCGUCUCUCUGUGAGAACACAAACCCAGACCACAGAUACAUUUCAGAGAUCUUAUUGGCUUCAGGACUUCUUCUCAGGGAUCUUGGAUCGAGCCUAACAAGUUUCCAGUUCCAUCCAUCAGGUCAUCCUAUCAACCCUGAGCUGUUCCUAGUCUUGGAACAAACCAAGGCAAGCACUUUACUUAAGGAGGAAUUCUGCAAUGAUAAGAUGAGGCAGUCGAAUCCGAAGGAAAAGAUACGUAGGAAACUCAUCUUUGAUGUUGUUAAUGAGAGUCUUGCUGGAAAAUUGGUGCUAGUUGGACCUUCUUACGAGCCAUGGUCGACGUCCCAGAAGCUAGCAAAGAGUACCUUGAAUGCUCAAAGGCUUCUGAGGGACUUGUGCUCAGAGAUAGAACAACUUCAAGCUAAACCAUCAAAAUGCAACAUGGAAGAUGAGGAAGAUGAGUGGAAAAACAUACUACUGGACGACGUGGUGCAUCGUUCAGAGAGUUGGACAGUUUUCACAGGUGAGAUAUCGAGUGUAGUCCUGGACGUGGAGCGGAUGAUCUUUAAAGAUUUAGUUGAUGAGAUAGUGAGAGGUGAUGGUUCUGGUUUGAGAGCAAAACCAACUAGGCGUAGACAACUCUUUACAAAGUAGUCUCAUUUCUACCAUUCCAUUCUUGACUUCUCUUUGUUUACGUUUUCACCUAUUUAUAUUGAGUAGUAAAAUAAUUCAGGAAUAUUCAAAUUGUGUCCUGGAUCUAUUGUAAAGAAAAAACUGUCAAUUGUAUUACCAACAUACCUACCAGUUUAUUAUGAUGUUACCAGCUAAAUUAAACAUCCCUGUAGUAUGAUUCAUUUGCGCACACAUUUUCUUCGUUUCAAAAUCAUAGACGAUAUAUAUAGUAUUGGACAAUUUUCA